AUGGCUUCAGUGUCGCCUCCGGCCACGCCUGCAUCUCCACCUAGACCACAAUUGGAAGAUUAUACCUUUGUAUGCCACGGAUGCAACAUCAUGCUGCGAGGUUUUACUCAAGAGCUUGAGAAAAUCGAAUACGUUGGACCGGGCCAUUGUUCGGGGUGUGAAUUCCGCACCGAAGAUGGAUAUCUUGUACGUGGACUCCGGACCUUAAAUAAAGAAGGACUGGCGGAGUACCGCCAGUGGAUGAAGAAGGAAAUGUUCUGGGAUUUUAGCCAGAGAGCAGCGGCAUCGCGACGGCGGCAGCGAGAAAUUGAUUAUUUGCGUUGA